AUUUGGGAUAAGCCUUUUGCGAGCAGAGGGCAGAAGGGGAAAAGCUUCAGGUCAGGGCCAGGGGUCCCUCUCACUCGCUCGCUCUUGUCGCUCUCUUGCCCGAAGGAACGUGGUGGCUUGCGGCACACGUUGGACUCAUAUUUAUGGCCCAUCCCGUCUCCUUGGGUCGACGUUGAGUACUUCCCCUUGAUUCCUGUCUUGUUCAACUUCACGUCCACUCAUCCCAACGUCCUAUAUCCUCCCGAUAUAUCAACCUAAUACCGUGUAAUACUUACAACAACCACAUAACGUUCACAAUGAAGUUCACACUCGCCCUCGUUGCCGCCGGCCUUGUCGUCGCCCAGGACUUCUCUGGCCAGCCCCAGUGCGCCAUUCCCUGCCUUACGGAUGCCAUCCCCAAGGUCGGCUGCGCCCUGACCGACACCGCCUGCCAGUGCACCAAGGAGAAGCAGGAGGCCCUCGUCCCCGCCGCCGCCUCCUGCCUGCUCGCUGCCUGCAACUCGGCCGACCUCACCAAGGCCCAGUCCGCUGCCGCUGCCGCUUGCGCCGCCUACGCUGCCACCGCCGGCUCUGCCUCGGCCACUUCCGCCGCGGCUUCCGCCGCGGCUUCCGCUUCCGCUUCCGCUGCUGCUUCCUCGGCCGCCGUCUCCGUCUCCGUUUCCGGUGCCGUCUCCUCUGCUCUCGCUUCCGUCAGCGCCAGCGCGAGCGCCGCCCUGUCUUCUGCCUCUGCUUCCGCCUCCGCUAUCGUCACCUCUGCCCGUAACGCCACUGCCCGUAACACCACUGCCUCUGUCAGCAGCGCUACUCCCUCCGCCUCCCGCACCGCCUCUACUGCCUUCACCGGCACUGGCACCGGCGCCAGCGCCACUGCUUCUUCCACCGGCAACGCUGCUCCCCAGAGCGGCGUCGCUGUUGGUGGCCUUGCUAUUGCCGCCAUUGCUGGUAUCGUUGCUGCUCUGUAAGGGGUCGCCACUUGACGAUGGUUAUGGGAGAGGUUUACCCCCUGAAAAGGGGUAGCAUGUAUGGACAUAUUGUGUCGAUGAAACUACGCCACAGGGAUUGGAUGUGUAGGAUGAUUUAAAGCAAUGGGCACGUCUAGACUUAAUGAGGAUGGGCGGAGGAAUGGGAAAGAAGAAAAAGUUCAUGAUCAUGGCCUGUUUUGUUGCUGUUGGCGCAACUGUCUAGCAAAGACACAGGGUAACAUACUUUCUAAUCGAAUAUACCAAAUAUACAAGAUCAACAACACCAUUGCUUCCUCGUGGAACUGCCCACCGUCACAGCCAUCGUUUUCGCUCGUUCCGUG